CACGCCAAACUUUCCCCCAAAAAUUUCUCCGCUCCCUCCCUCCCUCCCUCCAUUACUUGAGUGGAAACACUUCACCUCCUGCUUCGCUUCCUGCACCCAUCUUCCUGCUUAUCCUCUCUUUAAUUUCUGCUUAUCCUCUCUUUAAUUUCUACUCUUCUCCAUCCCCAAGAAGAGACAGCUGCAUUGGUCAAGAAGGUAUGAAAAAUCUCUGCUCCACUGACAGCUUUCCCUCUCUCCUAUCCCUCCUCUUGCAUGACCUGCUCUUACUUUGCUCUUUCUUGAUCUCCCACCCUCUCAUCUUAGCUUAUCUCCUUCUCCUCUUCCCUUACCUCCUCAAACUCCUCUUAUUACUCUACCCCCUCCUCCUCUCCACCUUCCUUCUCCUCCUCGCUCUUCCCACAGUCACCUUUCAUCUCCAUGAUUCUCCUCCAACCUCCUCUGAAUUCCCUGUAACCACUUCCAGCGCAGUCCUCAACUUUCUUCGGGCUGAACUUGUUCCUGAUGAAGCUAACUUUAGCUUAGUAGAGCAGCUCUGCUCUCUGUUUUUCGUUGAUUCCCAGUACUGUUCCUACCAAAUGGAGCCAGACAAUGACUGUAAUUCAGGCAACCAAAACACUCAGCUCGUUAGUUCUUUUCAAAACUACAUCCUUUUAGAAGAUACCAAAUCUAACGAUGAAAUAGCAGAGAAUUUGAGUGAGAAAACAGAGAAGACGAAUUGUUUGGAGCACAGACCUCAUAAAGAUGAAGAAAACAACACCAAAGCCAUUCUUCCAAGCCGAAAAGAACACAGUCGCAGACAAUCAGAGAUCCUUCAAAGAGAUGGCUCAAUGAGGAAGGAGAAGGAAUGGAAGAGGACUCUGGCUUGCAAGCUCUUCGAGGAGAGGAUGACCUACAAGCUCUGCGAAGAGAGGAAGGCCGUUGAAGGUGCUGAGGACAUGGAUUUGCUCUGGGAGGCUUAUGAGGCUGAUUCUGAUAAGACUGAGAAGCAGAGGAAGGAGAAGGUUACAAAGAAAGCUGUGAAGGAAAAAGUGGAAGAGGAAGAAGAAGAAGAAGAAGAAGAAGAUGCAGAAGAAGGGUUAUCAGGGCAGCUUUGUUGCUUGCAGGCAUUGAAGUUGUCUGCUGGGAAGAUGAAUUUAGGAGUGGGGAGACCAAGCUUGAUGAAGAUAUCCAUGGCUUUGAAGGGAAUCACAGUGUUUCACAGUGCAGGGAGGAGGAGAAAAAUUACCAAGGCAGGCAAACUAGUUGAUAGUGACAGGGAAGAAGCACCCAUCUCAGUAGUGUUAGCAGGAGAAGGGGUUAAUGUGCUUGCAUGUGUUUAUAAGGAUACAAAAUAAUGUGUCAAGAGGGACGGAGAGCUGUGCCUGGAUAAUGGACAUGAUACAAUGGGACGGAGCGGAAGCUGGGAACUCCGUCGUAUCACGUUUAUUAUCCGGAAGUAGCUCGCCUCCGAACUCCGAAUGUAAUAUUUUCUCUUACAAGCAAGCUCAACUUCUUACU